CGUUAAUUCAAAUAGGUCUGAUAAAAAUCACUCUCUGGAUCUUUCAUGGUGAACGCGAACUCCCAAUGGCGAGCCUAAUCAACCAAGUUGCCAGAAAAGCGACGCCAUCUCUAAGAACCAUAGCUGCAUCCAUUAAAACACCACUGCUCUGCAAUCCCGCGCACACUAACGAAUCUAGCUUCAUAAACAAUUCAAUUCCUCUCUGGGAUUCAGCAUCCACAGUGAAAAAUCCAAUUGUUCAAAACCCCACUAAACCCUUUCAGUUUUAUUACCCCAGCUUCCCUUUUGGGUAUUGCUUAAAACCCAUUUCCAUAACGGGUUCUAAUCAAUUGGAUGCUAUUGGGGCUGAUUUUGCUGAGAAUGAUACCGAUGAUGCGAAGACCGUGUGGGCUGAUAGUGUGAAGAAAAAGAGGAAGAAGAAGAUGAACAAGCACAAGUAUAAGAAGCUCAGAAAGCGUCUCCGUCGAAAAGCUUAAAAGGCAUCUCGGUAAAAAUCACAUGUAUUGGUGGUUAGUUGCUCAUGUUCCUUUUCACAAUUUUUGAACUAGAAAAUAUGGAUGUUCAAUUCGCGUACCAAUUUUUGGGUGAAUUUCGAGAUAUAGAAUCAUUCAGUUAAUUUUAACGGAUUAAAUAGAAUAAUUUUUAUGAUUGUUGUGGAAUUUGGAA